AGGCCUUUGGGGACGACCUAGACCAGGCGUAGGGCUCCCGUCCUGGACCAACCGAACUCAGAGGCCCGCGGAAGGUUCUGGAUCGCCAAGAAGGAAUCUGGGUGCAAAAACCAGCUCCUUGCGUGAGGAGGAGGCUUCCAGACACUUCGGGGCCCCGGGAUUCAGACAGGGGCGGGGCUGCGUGGCGCACGCGGCGUCGGGGCGGGGCCGGCGCUGGCCAAGAUGGAGACGAAUGUGUUCCGGUUUCGAGAUGCCCGCGCCGCUCCGGAUCCGGUGCUGGAGGCCGAGCCGGUGGCUUUCGGCUCGCAGCCGGUUCCGCUGGUGCUGGACAACGGAUCAUUCCAGGCUCGUGCCGGGUGGGCGUGCCCCGGGCCGGAUCCGGGCCCCGAGCCGCGCCUACUGCCUGGAGUGGGCGGGGCGCGCGGCGGGCCGGGGCCGCAGGUGGGCAACGCGCUGGGCAGCCUGGAGCCGCUGCGUUGGAUGCUGCGCUCUCCCUUCGACCGCAACGUGCCGGUCAACCUGGAGCUGCAGGAACUGCUGCUGGACUACAGCUUCCAGCAUCUGGGCGUCUCCUCGCAGGGCUGCGUUGAUCAUCCCAUAGUUUUGACAGAGGCCGUGUGCAACCCGCUCUAUUCGCGCCAAAUGAUGUCGGAGCUCCUUUUUGAGUGCUACAGGAUCCCGAAGGUUGCCUAUGGGAUAGACAGCCUCUUCAGCUUCUACCACAACAUGCCCAAGAAUGCUCUUUCCAAUGGCCUCAUCAUUUCAUCCGGCUACCAGUGUACACACAUUUUACCUGUCUUGGAAGGAAGACUAGAUGCCAAAAACUGCAAGCGCAUCAAUCUCGGAGGAAGUCAGGCGGCCAGCUACUUGCAGCGGCUCCUCCAGCUGAAGUACCCAGGGCACCUGGCAGCCAUCACCCUCAGCCGCAUGGAGGAGAUCCUACAGGAGCAUAGCUACAUUGCUGAGGACUACGGGGCAGAAUUGCAGAAGUGGCGGUGUCCUGAUUACUAUGAGAACAAUGUCCACAAGAUGCAGCUUCCGUUCUCCAGCAAGCUCCUGGGCAGCACACUGACGGCUGAGGAGAAGCAGGAGCGGCGGCAGCAGCAGCUGCGACGGCUGCAAGAGCUCAAUGCCCGGCGUCGGGAGGAGAAGCUGCAGCUGGAUCAGGAGCGGCUGGAGCGGCUGCUGUAUGUGCAGGAGCUCCUAGAGGACGGCCAGAUGGACCAGUUCCACAAAGCUCUGAUAGAGCUGAACAUGGACUCCCCAGAAGAACUGCAGUCCUACAUACAGAAGCUCACCGUGGCAGUGGAGCAGGCUAAGCAGAAAAUCCUUCAGGCAGAAGCCAGCCUCGAGGUGGAUGUGGUGGACAGCAAGCCAGAGACCCCUGACCUGGAGCAGCUGGAGCCCUCCCUGGAGGAUGUGGAGAGUAUCAAUGACUUCGAGCCCUUGUUCUCAGAGGAAGCGCCCGAAGUAGAGAAGCCAGUCACCACGGUCCAGCCCGUGUUUAACUUGGCAGCGUAUCAUCAGCUCUUCGUUGGGACAGAGAGGAUUCGUGCUCCGGAGAUCAUUUUCCAGCCAUCUCUCAUAGGAGAAGAGCAGGCGGGGAUUGCAGAGACCCUUCAUUACGUCCUGGACAGGUACCCAAAGGCUGUUCAGGAUACCCUGGUCCAGAACGUUUUCCUCACUGGUGGGAACGUGAUGUAUCCAGGCAUGAAGGCCAGAAUGGAGAAGGAGCUGCUGGAGAUGAGGCCCUUCCAGUCCUCCUUCCAGGUUCAGCUUGCCUCGAACCCAGUGCUGGAUGCCUGGUACGGUGCCCGUGACUGGGCCUUGGAUCACCUGGAAGACAGUGGAGCCUGGGUCACCAGGAAGGACUAUGAAGAAAAGGGGGGCGAGUACCUCAAGGAGCAUUGUGCCUCCAACACCUACGUCCCCAUCCGCCUGCCUAAACAAGCCUCACGUGCCUCAGAGACCCAGGCUUCUGGGAGAGGCUCUGGGGCCAGUGGAAGUGGAGCUGGUGAACAGGCCUAGCAGAGGGGUAGCAGAGGGGACUCCACGAUGGCUGUGUGCUCCACGCAGGACAUCAGCACUAUCUGGGCAAGGACAGUGCCCCACUUCACUGCCUGGGCCCACCAGCUUUGUUUGGCCACUGACUGGAUUUCUCCUGGGAGCACAGCAGAGGACAGCAGGUGAUCUCCCUCAGUGAAGGACGGAGUGGCCUCUGGACAGUGGCCUCUGGCCUGAGAACCUCAGGCAAGCUGUGGUACUGGUUUCCUCAACGGUGCAGGAAGAUGGCUGGAGACUAGAAGUGGACGGGCACAAGGUGUUUCUCUCGGCACGUGAAAAACAUUUGUUGUUUUCUAAAAAACGCUCUGAAGUUA